AUUUGCCAGUUCAAAGCAAGUGCUCAGGACAGGAGCUCAGAGACACAGAGAUAGAUCCAAACUCCCAUUUCCGGUGCCGCUCAGAGGGGCUGAAUUGCGAUAGGACACAACCCACGUUCAACAGAAAGACGAGACGUGCGGGGACAAUAACAUAAGCUGCCGGAAAACUUCUUUUGCAUUUUUACCUGCUUGCCUCCUUCGUGGGCAAAUAUUGGAUUAGAAGCAAGAGAGAAGCAAACCCACCUGGGAUGGAGCACAGAAGGGCUGUAAACUUAUGCUAGUCUUUGGAGAAGGGCAAUGCAAAUUAUUCUCCAUAUGGAACUCACUCAGAUGGCCUUCUUAGAUGUGACAUCUUAGAUGUGUCAGUGCCCCCCUGCCAUGGCAACAUCAUGGGACUGGAGAAUGGACAGGAAGUUUCAAAGAAACAAUCUCAAUAACAAGGCGGUGUCCUCAGACUGAAGACCCCAGCUCACCUUUCCUCUCUCAGCCAAAGAGGUUUUGAAUUGGAGCGGUGGGAACCAAAUGUGGUUGUCAUUUCAGUAUGCUAUUCUGGGAGAGGUGAGACCCCACCCCAGCACCAUGAACCUUUCUGGUGUCCCACCAGCCCUCAAUGGCUCCCAGGGAAGCCCCGGGCAUGCCCUGCAUGGAGGCUAUUCUUUGUGGCAGGUGGUGUUGAUUGUGCUGAUGACUGGGAUCCUAUCACUGGUCACACUGGUGGGCAACCUGCUUGUGAUGGUCUCCUUCAAAGUCAACAGUGAAUUAAAGACCGUCAACAACUACUUCCUACUCAGCCUUGCCUGUGCUGACCUCAUCAUUGGAGCAGUGUCCAUGAACCUCUACACCACCUACAUCAUCAUGGGCCACUGGGCCCUUGGCAACGUAGCCUGUGACCUCUGGCUGGCCCUUGACUAUGUAGCUAGCAAUGCUUCAGUCAUGAACCUCCUGAUCAUCAGCUUUGACCGCUAUUUCUCUGUCACACGGCCCUUGACUUACCGGGCUAAGAGGACACCAAAGAGGGCAGCCAUUAUGAUUGGCCUAGCUUGGGCUAUUUCCUUCAUCCUUUGGGCACCUGCCAUCUUGUUCUGGCAGUACUUUGUUGGGGAGAGGACAGUGCCCUCAGGAGCCUGUUAUCUUCAGUUCCUCUCUCAGCCCAUCAUUACUUCUGGCACGGCCAUUGCAGCUUUCUACCUGCCAGUCACCAUCAUGAUCAUUCUCUACUGGAGGAUCUACCGGGAGACUGAAAACAGGACCAAGGAACUAGCUUGCCUACAGGGCUCAGAGAGCAAGAGUAUUGCCAGGCCGACCACCAUCAACAGGCCCAAAGGAGGUGGCGGAUGCAGCAUCAGCAGCUCCGAGAGGUUGCAACCCAUCAAGGUUUCUUCUGCUGUGACAACAGCCCCCACACAGGCCUGCUGCUUCCCCAGUUGGAGGAAGGCCAAGCUAUAUAUGGAGCAGAACAGCAAUGGAAGCUGGAACAAUACAGAGGAGGAGGAAGAGGAGGACGGCUCCCCUGAUUCCUUGACAUCGUCAGAAGGUGAGGAGCAGCCCUUUGAGGUUCAGAGUGUCUGCUCAGUGGUGAUCCAACUGCCUAUGAUUGGCAGUGUAGCGCAGUCCCCACUGCCGACCAUCAAACCCACCCGGGACCAGGGGAAGCUGACUGGAGGACCGUGGGUAGGAAGGAAUGGCUUGUGCAAGAUCCUAGCUCAGCCUCGUACUGCCACCGAAUCCCCCAACACUACCAAGAAACCAUCAAAGAAGCCAACGAAAGAGAAGAGGGUGCUGACUGCCAAAAGCCAUUUGCUGAAGAGGAGCAAACAGCUCUCCGAACGGAAGACCCUCUCCCUGAUCAAGGAGAAGAAAGCAGCCCGGACACUGAGUGCUAUCCUGCUGGCUUUCAUUCUCACCUGGACACCUUACAACAUCAUGGUGCUGGUGUCCACCUUCUGCCAGGACUGCAUUCCCAAGAGCCUCUGGGAGCUGGGCUACUGGCUUUGCUACGUCAACAGCACAGUCAACCCCAUGUGCUAUGCCCUGUGCAGUAAGUCUUUUCGUGAUACCUUUAAGAUGCUGCUGCUGUGCCGCUGGGACAAGAGGAGGUGGAGGAAGAUGCCCAAGCAAGUGGUGGCCUUCCAUAGGGCUCCAGCCCAGUGAGCAGAUGUGGGGCAAAUCCCAGAAUGAUGAAAUCCCUGGGCUGGGAUGAAGAAUGUCCGGCAAACUGCACUGCAGCAGCAGAACGGGCCCUGGCUGUGAUGCCAGAAGGGGAAUCCCUCCGAGACGGCCAUGAACCCAGCCUUUGGGAUCUGGGUGAGGAUACAGCUGGCAGGUUCCGGAACACCGUGCCGCCAUUUAUCAUUGUAAUCUUGAACUCAUUGUCAGAUAGCGACCUUCCUUAAAACACCGAUGAAUGUGGACGUAUCAACAGGAAAACAAAUAGAUGAAGCUGGCACAUUUAGCGCUGUGGGCUUGAGAGAAAUGGAUUGAAAAAAAAUGGUUUAAAAUCUAAGCCAAAGGGGCCAUAGAAACCAGCCAUUCAAGGUUGUGACAGGACCUCUUGGGAUUUUCAACACUUUCCAGUAUUGCUGCUUUGACUAAAAGGACAUUGGACCUUUCAGCCAUUCAGUCACAUAGACAAGUGUGGUCUAGGCACCCUACCACUUAGGCCAGGAAAAUGGGAGUCAGGAGUCCCGGACUUCAGUAUUUGGCUCUUCACAAGGAGUGAAUCCAGUGGUUAGAGCAGACACAGCUGGGAGGGGAGAGGGUGUCAAGUGAUUAAAGAAAGGACUGGGAGGACUCCUGCAUUGGAGCCCCAAUUCUGGGAGCACAGUGGUGUCUGGUGAUUAGAGCAGAGAAUGGUAGACAGGACAACCAAAUCCUUCUGUUUCCCAGCGCAGAGUCCGAAACUAAGUACCAGAGGCGUAAUGGGUUGGAGUAGGGGGGCACUGGGAGCCAGGACUCCUGGAUUCUGUUUGCAAUUCUGGGGUGGGAGUGGUGUCAAGUAUAAAAGCAGGGGCAUCAGGUCUCUGGAGUUCCAUUCUCAGAGCUUGUCACCUUGGGCAAGCAUGGGAGGUGAAGCUUCAUUGGUUGAGUUUUGGGAAACACUUUGUAAUCUGGGGCUAGCGAGGCACAGAUAACACUGGACUGAGAGAGGUGAAAAGCGGAGGUAACGUGGGGAAAGAUGACCUCUGGAGGGGGAAAGACGAGAAGCACAACUGCACCUCUCUCCUUCCAAGGGUUCUAGAAUGUUCCAUUCAACCACACGGACACAGGAUACUACCACUAACCCACGCUGCCUGUCUCCAACUCAAGAGGAUUGGUGUAGAGAAAUUCUUCCCCGGUCUCUGCUGGAGCAGUAUACAGGGGCAUGGACGAGCAGCUGAGGUAGUUAUGUUAGCCCCAUUACCAUAGUAUCUGGGCACCUUACAAUAUUUUAAUAUAUUUCUCUUCACCCCACUCCUGUGCGAGAGGGAAGCAUUAUUCCAUUUUACAAAGGAGUAACUGAGGCAGUGAACGACUCAAAGAUAUCUAGGCACUGAAAUAGAUGCAUUAGGCACGUAAAAAGCUUUGAGGACCUCGGCCCUCAGCGACUUACUCCCAGUCACACAACAAAGUGGAGGAUUGAAUGUAGGUCCCCCAGGGCUCAGGCUGCCAUGCAAACUCCUACACCAGCCACCUGUGGCGCCUCCUUGCCCCAUCCACACACGUCUUUUGCCACGAAGCCUUCAAGCAGCAGUGUAGCUCCAACACUUUUAUGCCUGAUGUGGAUGGAUAUAUUUGAGCUAUCCAGGCUGGUCCCUCCCUCAGAGAUCUUUUGAUCCAUUCUCCCCCCUGGGAGUGACAAGCAAGAAGAGAUGGGGAAAGGAAGAGUGAAUUAUUCUGCAAGAAAAUAAGCGUUCUCCACCUUUUAACUCCCACCAAUGCACCUGGGAGCUAAGUGCAUGCAGGCAACUGAGAAAUGGUCUAAGUGCAAUUUCCUGAAGCUGUCCCAGAAGGAAGUCCGGGGGCAGUCCUCCAAAUCAUUCCCUCUGAACCAUGAUUCCAACCCUCCUUUAGGUGAAUCCAGAAAGCUUAAUUAUGAAUAAACCAUUGACUCAAACAUGUCUAUGAGUUACAAACCCAGCAUUGCAAACCCCAAGCAUGCCAAAACCACAACCCAGGCUCUAAAAAUCACAAGAUUAAAAAAAUUCGUGAUUUUAAGAUUAAUAUUAAACUGGGCAGGAGGGACUGAAGGAAGGAUUCAUAUUCUCCUUCUGAUUUGAGCCGCUAGAGGUCACGUUUUCAAGCUUUUCACCACAAACCUUUUUUAAAUAUACGUAAGCCAAGCCUCACGUAAUCAUGACUUCAGAGGCUGUGAGGAAGGAAAACUCCAGUUAGCGUCAAAAUGAGCAAAGCUGCAAAACCCUGAUCACACAGGACUGUACAUACUGACAUUUCCUCAUGCAGGGGCCCAUUGGCCUGGAGUUUGUCACUGUUCUUUGUAUUUAUUUGGUUGAACAAAAUAAAAAGGAAAACAAACUUGUUUUACAAGAGUGGGUUUUGCUUCAAGAUAUGGUUGCCACUGCAAGAGGCCCAGACUAAAAAUCAAGUCUCCAUCCUGCUAGAGCAGUGCUCCUAUCAUACCAACCAGUGUACAGACCUCCUCUGGUACUGGGGCCCACCCCAGUUAUGCUGGGUACCAUAACACUGUGCCUGCAGUGAAGAGUUUACAGCCUGAACGAAGGGAGGAUUCAAUUUGCAACUGAGGAAAG